UUUUGUAGAUAAAAGAUCUAGGAUCUAUCUUAGUUAUUUGAGGAGUGAUUCAUCGUUUGUUUCUCUCUGUGCUGUGGUUUGUGUCAGUGCUCUGAUGUCUCUGUUUGUGAUUGUUCAGCCAGCGUGUCGAUGGGAUCAUGCGAGCUCUCUGUGCAAUGCUGUGCCUCGGUCUGGUGGUGGCACUGCAGUCGAAUCAGCAGGUCCACAAAGUGCAUUCGGGCAUCCACGGCCACCAGUGGGUGACGGAGAACUGCAGGCGGCUCUCUAACCUGCUGAGGCAGAAGCAGUCGGCCAUCCGUAAACUGAGCAUGGCCGGUGUGGCACUGGAGCGGGACGAGAUGCUAGCACUGCCGGAGAAGCUGUUCCGCAUUCACACGCUGGAGGUGUUUCAGCGCGAGCUGAAUGAGAGCGAACGCUCACUCUUCCAGGCCGUGGAGGGGCUGCAGCGCGUGAUGAAGGGGAACCUAAGAGAUGUGGUCAACAUGAAGGACAGCAGUCGGCAGAGACUGCAGGCCGUUAGACAUGCACACGUGUUUUUCCAGGAGGAGCAGGAGUACAUGGAGCUGGUGGCGGCAGAGAAACACCAGCAGGAGGCGCUAAAAGUGGCACAGGAUCGGAAUAAAACCCUGUCCAUGCUGGAUGAGAUCCUGGAGGACGUGAGGAAGGCCGCAGACCGUCUGGAGGAGGACAUCGAAGAACACGCCUUCGACAACAACAAACAGAUGAAGGGUGUGAAUGUCGAGGCCGUCCUGAGAGUAGAGGAGGAUGAGGAGAAUGGUAAGAGGAAGAAUGAGUCAAGGCAGGUGGACAAAGGUAAUCUGGGGCUCAGCAUGCUGAUCGACUCACAAAACAACCAGUAUGUGCUGACCAAACCACGUGACUCCACCAUGCCCCGUGCCGACCACCACUUCAUCAAGGAUCUGGUGUACGUGGUCAUGUUGUCUCUACCGUGUGGAUGGCUCUGUACGCUGAUGCGGUUGCCGCCCAUGUUCGGCUAUAUCAUCUGUGGGGUUCUUCUCGGCCCAUCAGGACUCAACAGCAUCAAAUCUAUGGUUCAGGUGGAGACAUUAGGAGAGCUGGGUGUGUUCUUCACUCUUUUUGUGGUUGGUCUGGAUUUUUCACCCGAACGCCUCCAUAAGGUGUGUGAAGAGUCACAGCAAAUUCCUCAAAAGUAA